GGGUGUGGCCUGUGCUCGGGAGGUUGGCAAAUUCUGCACUGUUGAGGUCACUCAGUCCUGCGUAGAUAAAAGUGAGGACCGUACCAGAUCUUGUUACUUCUCCGCUUUUUAUUAACCUUACUGCAGGCAAAAUAUUACUUGAUUUGGUGUCUUCUGGGCUAACAAGACCUGGGGAAACUUAGAGUUAUACUUGGGGUUUGUGGUGCUAGGAGUAAUUGGUGCUUAAGCCACUUUCUUUCCCCUCUUCCCUCUCCACACCAAGCUGGGCUUUGGAAAUGAGAGGUCUAACAAAUUAAAAUCAAAUGCCACCAGGAAUACUCAGAUGCUAAAGACUUACCAUCAUGGAUGCUCUGUCAGAGGCAAAUGGUACUUUUGCCUUAAACCUGUUGAGAAAGCUGGGUGAAGACAACUCCAAAAAUGUGUUUUUCUCUCCCAUGAGCAUAUCCUCUGCCCUGGCCAUGGUCCUCCUGGGGGCAAAGGGAAACACCGCUGCCCAGAUGGUCCAGGCACUUUCUUUAAGUAAGAGUGGAGGCGGAGGUGAAGAUGUCCACCAAGGUUUCCAAUCACUUCUCACUGAAGUUAACAGGACGGGCACACAGUACUUGCUUAGAACUGCCAACAGGCUCUUUGGAGAAAAGUCUUAUGCUUUCAACUCAUCUUUCAAAGAGUCCUGCCACAAAUUCUACCAAGCAGAGAUGGAAGAGCUCGACUUCUGCAAAGCUAUAGAGGAGGCCAGGACACACAUAAACUCCUGGGUAGCAAAGAAGACAGAAGGUAAAAUUACAGAGUUGCUGCCUCUAGGUUCAGUUAAUCCAAAUACUCGUCUGGUUCUUGUGAAUGCCAUCUACUUCAAAGGAAACUGGGAUAUUCAGUUUAACAAAGAGCACACCAAGGAAAGAUCAUUUAAAAUCAGCAAGAAUGAGGAGAAGCCUGUGGAAAUGAUGUUUAAGAAAUCUACCUUUAAUAUGACUUACAUAGGAGAAAUAUUCACCAAAAUUCUGGUGCUGCCUUAUGUCGGCAACGAGCUGAAUAUGAUCAUCAUGCUUCCUGAUGAAAAUGUUGAUCUGCAAAUGGUGGAAAAAAGCCUUACUUAUGAGAAAUUCAUAGAAUGGACCAGGCCAGAUAUGAUGGAUGAAGAAGAAGUGGAUGUGUUCCUGCCUAGAUUUAAACUGGAGGAGAAUUAUGACAUGGAGGAUGUACUUCGUUCUCUGGGCAUGACUGAUGCCUUUGAGCAAGCCACGGCAGACUUUUCUGGAAUGUCAUCUGCGAGAGAUCUGUUUCUGUCCAAGGUCAUGCACAAGUCCUUUGUGGAGGUCAACGAGGAAGGCACGGAGGCCGCAGCCGCCACUGCCGCCAUCAUGAUGCUUCGAUGUGCAAGAAUCACCCCUAGGUUCUGUGCUGACCACCCCUUCCUUUUCUUUAUUCAGCACAGCAAAACCAACAGUAUUCUGUUUUGUGGCCGAUUCUCCUCCCCUUAAGGAAAUGGUUAGCACUGCCUGUAGCCCUUCUUCUGUCUCUCACUGACCCACUUUUCCUCUGACACUUUACAAUGUGCCUGAACCCAAAGUGACCUUUGAUAACAAUCCAAAAAUAAAGGGCCCGAUUU